CAAAAAGACGAAGAUGAAGAAGAAGAAUUGGUUUUAAAAAGAGACCGAGAGAGAGAUGGUGGGAGGUUAACUCUGAAGCCCUUCUUCUUCUUCUUCUUCUUCGUUUGUCUUCAAAUCGGUGUGUUGGUGAUGAAUGGCUAACUGCCAUUGAUUCUCUCUCUCUCUUUCAUUUUUGGUCGGGGCAUGGAAGAAGAGCUUGCCAUGCUCAAACAGUUCAUCGGCCAGCUUCAAGAGCUCUUGCACAACGGCUCUCAUCCUCCUUCUUCACCUCCCUCUUCCUCUUCCUCUUCUUCUUCGUCGUCUUUUAUAGUUCUACACAACCCUCACUAUCAGAACGGAUGGUGUUUGCCCUUUACUGAGGAAACUUCUGCUGAUGAUUCUUGUGAUCUUCUAAUGGCUCCUGGAAAGAGGCCUGGGGGGAUCUUCAACAUGUUAGAGACCGUCAAGCAACCUGUCAAACGUUCUCGAAAAGACAAGAAGAAUCAAGGAAAAUCAUCCACCGAAGGAGAUGGAAACAUGGAUCAAGAAAUCUGGCAGGAGUUUCCUCAUGAUCUCUUCGAAUCUGUUGUCUCCAGACUCCCCAUCCCUAAGUUUUUCCAGUUCCGUGCAGUUUGUCGUAAAUGGAACGCUCUCAUCGAUUCAGACAGCUUCUCCCGCUGCUGCACCAACCUCCCUCAGACCAUCCCAUGGUUCUACACCAUAACCCACGACAAUGUCAACUCGGGACAAGUCUACGACCCUUCUUCCAAGAAAUGGCACCAUCCCGUUAUCCCUGCACUUCCCAAGAAGACUAUUGUCUUGCCUAUGGCAUCCGCGGGAGGUCUAGUGUGCUUCCUCGACAUUGGCCACCGGAACUUCUACGUGAGCAACCCUCUGACCAAGUCUUUCAGAGAGUUGCCAGCGAGGUCGUUCAAGGUGUGGUCUCGUGUCGCAGUAGGAAUGACUCUUAACGGAAACUCCACCAGCGAUGGCUACAAGGUCUUGUGGGUUGGAUGCGAAGGAGAGUACGAAGUUUAUGAUUCCUCGAGCAACGUAUGGACCAAACGAGGGACCAUCCCGUCAUACAUAAAGCUCCCCGUACUGCUCAACUUCAAGUCGCAGCCGGUGGCUAUCCAAAGCACGCUUUACUUCAUGUUAACGGAGCCCGAAGGGAUAUUGUCCUACGACAUGGUCUCAGGGCAGUGGAAGCAGUACAUCAUACCGGGUCCACCGGACCUGAGCGAUCACACGCUAGCGGAGUGCGGGGAGAGGUUGUUGCUGGUGGGUCUUCUGACGAAAAACGCUGCCACGUGCGUGUGCAUAUGGGAGCUGCAGAAGAUGACGCUGCUGUGGAAGGAGGUUGACAGAAUGCCAAACAUAUGGUGCUUGGAGUUUUACGGAAAGCACGUGAGGAUGAAUUGUCUAGGCAACAAAGGUUGUCUGAUGAUGUUGUCCUUGAGGUCCAGACAGAUGAACCGUCUGAUUACCUACAAUGCUGUUACUAGGGAAUGGGCCAAGGUCCCUGGCUGUACCGUUCCUCGUGGGAGAAAAAGGCUUUGGAUCGCUUGCGGAACGGCGUUUCAUCCCUCCCCUACGGCUAGGGCUUGAUCAUCUCUUUUGAGGUUUGUGUCCUCUUGGAAUCGAAUGGUUCCACCACUCGGUUGGUUGGUUUGUUUUCUGUUGUUUUGAUUUUUGGUGUUUUUUUUUUUUUGAAUAUUCGGGACUGUAAUAUACUUUACAAAGGAUUCGUGUUGUGUAAUAAAUAACUUUGGGUUGUGUGAUA